UGCGGAAGUGAGGCGUCAGUCAACAAGACGGUGAUCCAGACGUCCUCUGCCAACAGCACGAUGCCUAACAAUGACGGGACACGCUACUGCAAGAGAUUCUCUUACAUUUUCCUCAAAUUCAUCCUCUUCUCCUACGCCAUCGUUUGGUUUUUGAUAGGUGGCUGCAUCUUAGCGAUCGGUAUCUAUGCUGAGGUGGAGCGACAGCGCUACAAGACACUGGAGGGGGUGUUUCUGGCCCCCGCUGUGAUCCUCAUCCUCUUGGGAAUAGUUAUGUUCAUUGUUUCGUUCAUCGGGGUCUUGGCGUCACUGAGGGACAAUCUAGUUCUCCUCAAGAUGUUCAUGUACACACUGGCAGUGUGUCUCAUCCUGGAGCUGCUUGGGGGAAUCCUGGCACUAGUGUUCCGCAACCAGACAGUGGAUUUACUGAACAAGAACAUACGAAGAGGCAUAGUCAACUACUACGAUGACUUGGACUUCAAAAACAUAAUGGACUUCGUUCAAAGGAAGUUUAAGUGUUGUGGUGGCCAAGACUAUAAAGACUGGUCAGUCAACAUGUACCACAACUGUUCUACACGGGGGCCACUGGCCUGUGGAGUGCCAUAUACCUGCUGUAUAACUAAGCCCAAUGAAGUAGACAAUACUUUGUGUGGAUACAAGGUGUUGGAAAACGAGCGUUUGGACCUGAUUGACGUCAUCCACAUCAGAGGCUGCACCGACGCCUUCUUCAUCUGGCUCACGGACAACUAUAAGAUUAUUGCGGUACUUCUGCUGGGGAUCCUGCUGCCUCAGCUAUUUGGCGUAGUCAUCGCCUGGUUGUACAUCACUCGAGUGGAAGACGCCAUCAGCGAGUACGGUCACUACAUGGAUGCCCUUAUGGACGUGCAUGAGAGACAAGCCAAGAAGCAAGGCCGCAUGGCUAAGUGGUUCAUGUGUAUGCCUGAGAUGGACUAAUGAAGAGCAGCAAACUGUCAGAUGAUGCUCUGUAGAAUGACCACAGCCAGACCCACUAUUUCAUACCAGCUGUCUCAUAGAAGGGAUUUCUUCUCAGAGCUCUAGUUCGGUGCUCUCAGCAGCACUGUGCUCAGGGACAAACAACAUGAAGUGAAAUGCUGAUGAAAUCAAGACGACUGCUUCUUCACCCCCACCCCCACCCCACCCCCCCAACCCCCCACCGCGGGGUGGGGUUGAAGAUAGUCCUGCUCGCUGUUGCAGUGCCAAGCACUUCAACAAAAAUGCAUCGCCAUGACACGAUAAGCUGCUCAUAUUAUCAGUUGAGCCCAGAGCUCAAAACACUCUCGGGGAUUUCAGGAUGAAAAUGAAGGUUUUUAUGGUGUCAACCUGUAGCACCUCAGUCAUUUUCAUUUGCCAACUUUAUAUUCUACAGUAUAAACAUCCUCAGUGUUGCAUAUCUGAGUUACCAAUUUCACUGCAUGCAAACUGAAAUAGGCUGUUUCUGACCCAAGUGAAAUAAUUAAGGUUUUUAUAAAUAUUCAAUAUAUUCUGUGCUGUAUAAAAAGCGAUGUGAAAUUUAGUGGUGCUGUUUUUUUUAAAGCAUUCAAAACGUAAAUGUUGUUGUAAUUUGAUGGCAUUGCAGGGUUAAACAAUACGCAUGAAGUUGAUACUUGACUGGUGUGCAUGCACUCCUUUUUUACUGAAUCAUGUGCCUUUUAAAUUUGUUAAAGGUUUUAAAUUUUAGAGCAAAAAAUUAAUCAUUUCUUUUUUUUAAUGCAUUUGUCUGUAUAAAACUGUAGAAGUAUACUGUAUGUAGGCUAUUGCCUAUUUGUUUUUGGUUGUUUGAAAUGAAGUGAGUUUGACAUGGAUGCUUCUUGUACAUGGGAGUGGGGGAUCACUAAAUAAAUGACUUCUGACAUCACUUCAUGCUGCGUGUGGAAAGACAUCAGCCUGAGUCGUUGAGAAAUGUCUCAACUUGUCUUGCAAACUUUAAACAUCGGGGUGAGUGUUUGAAACUGACCUGUUGUCUAAAAUGUGAUCCAUAUACGAUUGUACAGAACAUCUGAUAAAUAUUCAGUGUUUCAUUUUUCUCGUCAAAAUCUUACACACAGCACCCCAUGAUGACAAACAUUGAAAUUGUUUGCAAAUGUGUUAAAUAUCAGGCAAAGGUUGCGCAUACUUACAGUAUGUACAUGAGAUUUUAAAUUUGCAAACAUUUAUAAAAAUAACCCUUUUCAUGUCAU